ACAUCAGCUGGGAGGGAACAACUCUUAUUUAUUCUAGCUGUUUUUUUUUGUUUGUUUGUUUGUUUGUUUGUUUUUAAACUCUGACGGAUUACCACAGAUGUAGUAUGGGAUUGUAUUUUGUCAACAAAUGAUGAAUGACGUUAAAAUUUGGAGGAGAUAAGUGAACGGAACUGUUGUUUGAACGUUUCCUGAUUCACCUUAUCUGCGUCGGAGCUGGCACGCGCACCGCCGCACCUCUAGGUUUUGUUUUCGCAGUUCGGACUUGUGCCCAUAUGCGUCUGCUUUUCUUAUAAAGGCCAUGAAACUACACAAGGAAAAGUUUACAAGUAAUCUGAAGAAAGCGGGUAUAGUAAGUAAACUAACAGGUGCACCCACGAAAAUGUUCCUCCCACUGUUCCUAGUCCUUGUGCUGCUACCCUGUGGCAGUCCGGGCUGUGUGAGGGGUCUACUGUCAAAACAGGACGAAUUACAAGAUAAACAAGUGUUUGUGGAUGAAGGGGACGCGAACUCGUUCCUGGGUCGUCACCUUCUGUUCAAUCGGUUUGAUUUCGAACUUUUUGUUCCGGGAAAUCUGGAAAGAGAGUGUUAUGAAGAAAUCUGCAACUACGAGGAAGCAAGAGAGGUUUUUGAGAACGUCCCUCAAACAGAUGCUUUUUGGAAGAAAUACACUGAAGAUAAGGACCAGAGGCCCACACGGGUGGAUGUGACGUCUCUUUUGGUUGGACUGGUUGCUGCUGGAGUUAGCGUUGUCAUUGUAGGUCUGCUGGUUUGGUAUUUUUGCCAGGGCAAAUGCAAAGAUGACUUCAGCAGGGCCGGUUCUAUUAGGGCGCGUCCACGGAGGAGUAACGCGACUCUUAUAAUGCGACGGCUCGAGGAGGUUUCCCUCCAGCCUGCACACCCACCUGGACCCCCAUUACCUGUGGAUGAAUUGAACCCUCCAGGGCUCCCCUCAUAUGAGCAAGCAAUCGCCAACAGUGGACAACACGAUGCCCCGCCUCCACCGUAUCCUGGAUCAAGACCUGCAAGCGCACGGCGGUAGUAGCCAUAGGAUAUUUUAUCAGUGCAUCCGUUAACAUCAAACACACUGGAGUUUACACUGUGCUUCUCAAGAUCCUUCUUUGAACAGUGCCUUUUCCUUUUAUGUUCCACUUCACGUUUGUCAAUUUGUGCUUUUUAUUCAGUUUCUCUGGCCUGUUUGUGUUCUCUGUUCUUGGCAUUGGUGUAAUCUUUUAAGAUUUUAUGUAUAUUUUUAGACAUCAUUUGUGUGUUAAAGUAGGAAGUGAAGAAAGACACGGAAAUACAGAUAAAGAGACAGGGAAGGAUGUACAAUUACUGUCUCCCACUGGGAUUGACAUUGCAGAUGAUAGUCAGUGACCGUAACCUCUCAGCUACUGGACUGACCCAUCUGGGUACAUUUUUAAAUGUACCAUAUAAAACUACAAAUGCCAAAAGGUAAUUUUACAGUAGCAUCUUUUUCAUAGGUGUCAUCAUAUUCUAUAAUAUUACCCAAACCCAAAGCUCUGCAAUACAUUUACCCAGUUUGCUGCUUUUUUUUUUUUUUAUCUGAAGGAGUAUGAAGAUUAUAAUAUGCUGAGCUUGAUUUAGCUGAAGUACUUAUGUUUUUUGGGUGUUGCAUUAUCUGCAAGACACAAAAUAUGAAGGAGGGCUGUGAGGCUAGAUUCUUUUUUUUUUUUUUCAAUAUAUGAUGAGUAUUAAUUGUAACAGAAGAGAGACAGGCUGAUUUCUAUAUUUAUAAGCUCUCGGUCUCCUUCAGAAGGAAUAAAUGUAACGGUAACACUUGGCAUUAUAUUGCCAUAGACUUAAAUGGAAUGGAAUAAUACAAGUGGUUUUGAUGCAGUGGUCCAGGUUCGUGUGUUAGGAUUCACUGCAUAUUUUCAGGUUUUUAUUAUCAUGUUUUUUCAAUAUGUAGAUUUUUUUGCUGAAUUGAAGGAGUGUGUUGGAAAAUGUUUGAGUGACCAGUCAAAAUGCUCUAACAUGUGAAAUAAUUUUUACUUUUAGUGUUUGGAUUAUUGUUAAUUGUUAAAUGUAUUAUAAUAAGAUGGGGAUGAAAAUGGUUUAUAUAUUUUACACAACCUGGUUUUAUAUUUAUACUGUAAAUGCUUUUAGCUGGCAAUAUUUUUUUUAACAGUCCAAGGAGUUUACAGCACAACAGGUUGUCUGGUAUACACAAAAGAAUGUCCCACACAUAAUGUGAGUAUUUUGAUUUAAAAAAAAAAAAAAAAAAAUUAGAGAAUUCACACAAAAUGAGUGGAUGCUUAUGUCUCAUUUUACAACAAAGCAUUCCAAUUGU